CUUCAGAUCUGGUCACAUUGCUAAGAAAAGACAACACUGAGCUCCAAAGAAUUCGCGUUUUUACCUCGAAGCACCUGAUAAAUUCUUAAAAUGGCUGAACCAAUUCGCGUUGUGGUGACUGGAGCUGCUGGCCAGAUUGCCUACUCCCUCCUGUACAUGGUGGCCCGCGGCGAGGUCUUCGGCAAGGAGCAGCCCAUCAUUCUCCAUCUGCUGGAUAUUCCGCCUAUGGUCGGUGUGCUAGAGGGUGUGGUCAUGGAGCUGGCCGAUUGUGCUCUGCCGCUACUUGUGGAGGUUGUGCCAACCACCGACCCGGCUGUUGGUUUCAAGGAUGUGUCGGCCGCCUUCCUGGUGGGUGCCAUGCCCCGCAAGGAGGGAAUGGAGCGCAAGGAUUUGCUCUCUGCGAACGUGAAGAUCUUUAGGACGCAGGGCCAGGCACUGGACAAGUUCGCCAAGAAGGAUGUGAAAGUGCUGGUCGUCGGUAAUCCGGCCAAUACCAACGCUUUGGUGUGCUCUUCGUAUGCCCCAUCCAUUCCACGGGAGAACUUCUCGGCAAUGACCCGGCUGGACCAGAAUCGUGCCACCUCCCAGAUCGCCGCCAAGUUGGGUGUACCCAUUUCCGCAGUUAACAACAUCAUCAUCUGGGGAAACCACUCCUCGACUCAGUAUCCCGAUGCUGGCCAGGGCAAGGUCACAGUCAACGGUUCCUCAAAAUCGGUGGUUGAGGCUGUGAACGAUACGGCCUAUCUGCAGGGUGCCUUCGUCGAGACGGUCCAGAAGCGCGGAGCUGCGGUGAUCGCCGCCCGCAAGAUGUCAUCGGCCAUGUCGGCGGCCAAGGCCGCAUGCGAUCACAUGCACGACUGGUGGAACGGCACUGCUCCCGGCAAGUUCGCCUCGAUGGGCGUCUUCUCCGACGGCAGCUAUGGCUCGCCCAAGGAUGUGAUCUUCUCCUUCCCCGUGGAGAUCAAGAACAAGCAGUGGAAGAUCGUCGAGGGCCUCACACUCAGCGACUUUGCCAAGACCAAGUUGAGCGUAACUGGCAAAGAGCUACAGGAGGAGAAGGACGAGGCGCUGUCUGUAUUGGAUUCGAAUGUGUCCAACUUGUAGAAGAGUAGGUGACAUUAAGCCGGAAUUAUUAAUUUCAUAGUUGUGCAUUUAGGAACAAAGUUCAUGGCAAUAAAAACGAUUUGUAAAUAA